AUGACAGCUCCAACUACCCGGGCAGUGGUGUCGUACGGUCCAUACCAGAAUGGCGGCUGGAAGCUCAAGAACAUCACGCUCCGGCCGCUGAAGGAGAAUGAAUUGCUCGUGGAACUGGUAGCCUCGGGCAUCUGUCAUACAGAUCUACACUUUGCUGGCCUGGAAAGCGGAUAUGGCGUGUAUUAUCCUCGCAUCAUGGGCCAUGAAGGAUCCGGAUACGUACGAGAUGUCGGAAGCAAAGUGCGCAUCGCCCAGCCGGGAGAUUCAGUCCUACUAUCAUUCUCGUCGUGUCGAAGUUGCGAGCAAUGCCUGACCGAUCAUCCCGGACAUUGUACCAGCUUUAACCCGAUCAACUUCGAGGCCGGUUCGGAUGAUUACUACAUCGCGCGAGAGUCAGAGCCAGCAGACAGUGGACCUGGGACAAGCAUCUACGGCAAGUUCUUCGGACAGUCGAGUCUGUCCGGCUGGUCCAUCGUCAACGAGCAAUCCGUCGUCAACGUCACCGGGCUCGUGAAGAGCAAGCAAGAACUAGCACUGCUCUCGCCCUUAGGAUGCGGUAUCCAAACCGGAAGCGGAGCCAUCGUGAUCGCAGCAGACGCAUGUGAAAAGGACAGAGUAGUUGUCCUUGGGCUCGGAGGGGUCGGGCUCAGCGCGGUGAUGGGAGCCAAGCUACGCAGCUGCUCGAUGAUCAUCGGCGUGGACCGAUUCUCGUCACGAUUGGAACUGGCUCGCGAACUGGGGGCAACCCAUGUCAUAAACACCGGAGACAUGGACGACCUGAGCGAUUUGACCAAGGAAGUCCAUCGCAUCACGAAUGGUCGGGGGUCAACCAUCACGCUCGAUAGCACGGGAUUCCCGGCACUCAUCCGCGAAGGAGUGAAUCUGACCGGCUUCAAGGGGAAAUUGAUCCAGGUGGGCGUUGCGCCAGCCACGGCAACAUUGGAUAUUCCCAUUUUCGAAUUCAUGGUUGCCGGGAAGCAGUACAUGGGCGUUGUGCAGGGCGACGUGGAUCCGCAGAGUUACAUCCCACAGUUGAUCCGGUGGGUUCAGCAGGGGAAAAUGCCGCUCGACAGGAUAGCCAGGUUCUAUCCGGCUGAUGAUUUUGAGAAGGCGCUCAAGGAUAUGCAAGCCGGUGAUACUAUCAAGCCUAUUAUUAUGUGGUCUUAG